GUAUUGAAGGAACUGGAGAGUAAGCAAGCAUAGAGUCAGUGAUAUUGUCUGUCACUUCGGCCUGGAGAGCUGCUUCUCAAUAGAGGAAGCAAUGUAUGAAAACGGCUUGGAUCCUCUUGGGGCUUAGAGUGAGUCAUGCAGCGGAGGGGCCGUCGCGCAGGAGAAGGAUUUUAAUCUGCACGCUCGGGACCGGGGAAGAUGGACUGACGCGCGUCCUCCGGGGUUCCCCUCCUCGUCUCCGCAGCGCGCGCGCCCCGUGGCCUGAGCGGGCUUGCUGGGCCGCGGUCGGGCCAUGCCGGGCAACGGCAGGACCGGGCGCGCCUCGUUCUGGCACCUGUUCUCGCCGCUCCGGACCAAGCCGGAGCGGGUGGUGCUGGCGCGCAGCGAGAGCGCGCCGGGGGAGAGCGUCCUGAAGAUCACCAUCACCGAGACCACUGUGAUCGAGGCCGACUCGGGCGUCUGGAACUCCAAGUCCCUGGCCUACCUCGGCCUGUGGUACUUCUUCAGCUUUUGCACGCUCUUCCUCAACAAGUACAUCCUGUCUCUGCUGGAGGGUGAGCCGACCAUGCUGGGUGCUAUUCAGAUGCUGUCAACCACUAUAAUUGGCUGCAUGAAGAUGUAUGUGCCUUGUUGCCUGUACCAGCACAAGUCCAGGACAGAGUACCCCCCAAACUUCCUGAUGAUUAUGCUGUUUGUUGGAUUAAUGAGGUUCAGCACCGUGGUGUUGGGGCUGGUCAGUCUGAAGAACGUGGCCGUGUCUUUCGCGGAGACCGUGAAGAGCUCGGCGCCCAUCUUCACCGUCAUCAUGUCCCGACUUAUCCUGGGAGAAUAUACCGGUCUGUGGGUGAACCUGUCGCUGUUCCCGAUUAUGGGCGGCCUGGCGCUCUGCACCGCGACGGAGAUCAGCUUCAACCUGCUGGGCUUCUCCGCGGCCCUCUCCACAAACAUCAUGGACUGUUUGCAGAACGUGUUCUCAAAGAAGCUGCUCAGUGGAGACAAGUAUAAGUUUAGCCCACCAGAACUCCAGUUCUACACGAGUGCUGCAGCCACCAUAAUGCUUAUUCCUGCAUGGAUUUUCAUGCUGGACCUCCCACUGCUGGGGGAAAAUGGCCACCGGUUCAACAUCACCCAGGACAUCGUGGUGUUGCUGCUGUUCGCCGGGGUGCUGUUCCACCUGCAGAGUGUGACUGCGUACGCUCUCAUGGGCCGCAUCUCGCCCGUCACCUUCAGUGUGGCCAGCACGGUGAAGCACGCCUUGUCCAUCUGGCUGAGCAUCAUCGUGUUCAAUAACAGCAUAACGCUGCUGUCGGCAGCCGGCACGUUGCUGGUCAUCAUUGGGGUCAUGCUGUACAACAAGGCCCGGCGGAUGCAGAGGGACAGUCUGCACGCCAUGGCCCAGGCUGCUGAGGAGGACCAGCUCCCCCUGCAGGAGGGAGACCUCAAGGCCUCGAAUCACCACCUCUCCUAGCACCCCCCCUCCCCCCGAGGGCCCCAUCGGAACCUUCUGGAACAGUCACCCAGGGAGGGAGUGCAGUGUUUUCUGCUCUUCAGCUCCAUCACCGAUCAGCACUCUUAAACGGAACAUUCCUUUUGGAUGUCCAGUGAGGAAAGAGACGGGUCCAACCUGAAUACUUGAUCUCUUUUAUGCCUAAUCGAGCCAUUCUCCUGAUGUGCCGGUUUGUGUUCUUUCCUUUCUGUUGAUCUUAUUCAGUGGAAGUCUUUUUCUUUUCUUUUUUUACGUGUUUUGAGACAAUAAUGUAAAAUGGUUUAAAAUAAAAACCACUGCAUAUUUUCUAUAUUCUAGUUAAGAAAAAGAUUUUGGCAUCACUCUUCAGAAAUGGGUUUUGCCUCAUUGAAGCAUUGAGAAAAUGGUUAGAAUACUGUGGAGUGAUCAGCUAUAUCGGUGUGUCUUUACACACGUGAUGUGAUUUAUAUUGAGUAUGACACAAUGGACAGCUUUGUAUUUUGUACAACCUUAAAGCGAUUCAAAAAAUGUGGCCUCAUUUUUAAUGCAACACUUGUAAAAUGUCUUGUCUCAGAUUUCAAAAUAAAUAUUUGAAUGUUAGUGUUGAGAAGAAAAAUGAACAGCUCAGGUUUUGUUGGAAUUGUUUGGCGAAAAGGUCAGAGGAAGCUUUUUAAUGCGUUUACACAAGUCAUUGUAAAAACAUAAAAAUGGUUUGCAAUGUCAACUAAAAAGGGAGCCUGUAAUUAAUUACAGCUGGUAGUACCGAAUAUACAGCAUUCACUUUCACCACACAACAUUGGUUUCACCACUUUAAAUUGAUACAGGCAAUACCAUUACUUAGUUCGGUUUCAAUCCCAGUGUGUCUGUAAUGUGAUUGAUACUUUUUUAAUGGAGCAGUCUGAGAUUGUAUUGAACCUAUCCAAGGUUUUAAGCUAACAGGAAAAUACAAAAUGUUAAAGAUGCACCUUUUUGUCCAAUGAAAUGUAAGAUCAUGGCAGACAAAACAUUGGGUUUGGGCUAUCCUGAGGAUUAUACCAGUGCACUAUUGAUUUGGGCAUUCCCAUCUUAAUACUUGGUCCAAGAUGUGAUUUUUGCUCUUUUAAAAGUGCGGCUUUAUAUGGAAAGCUGUUAGCAUUGUUUAGCUGCCAUAAACUCCAUCCCUGAGUGUGGGUCUGUGCUAUUACUUAUGGAAGGUGGUAUGUAAGGGUUUUUUUUAUCCGCAUACUAUUCCUUGGUGUUCUCCAUAAUAGACAUUAGAAAUCUGGUGUUUUUAAAAGUAGUUAAACUGGAAGUCCGCCUGACAUUCUGUGUAAGCAGUGGUCCUCUGAAAACAUAAGGCCUUGUCAUGACUCUUACAUUGUUCGCAAUGUUGGAGUGCCUGACACUUAACACAACUUGAAUUACUGUGUAAAUGGUAAUAAUAGUUUAGCUACUAGUCAAACCCCGAGCCAGCCUAUGAACUCAGUGAUAUGGCCACGAUGAUUACUGUCCGUGUUAUUUUUCAGUGCAGAGCAUUGAGAAUGUACCUGGCUAAUUUAAUCUUGUGUAAUGAGUUGUUUUCAUUGAUAUAUGCCACUAUCUCCCAGCACACACAUUGUGCCGCCCUGGAAAUUAUGGGCAUUUCCCAUUAUAUUACUGUUUUUGCUACCAUGUGCUUUUCUUUUGCAAUCAGAUUGCCUGUGCUUUUAAGACUACUGUGAUGAAAUGUUUCUGCAGGCCUUUAAAAAGGUUAAGCUGGUGUCAAUUUUCUUUUGUCCAUUUUGUAGAAAAGAAGUGAAAACAUGACUAUGAUGAAAUUGUUCCUCUGUGGUGUGUUGGUGGGUUCUUUGAUACGAGACUAGUGUCUUAUUUUAACAUUGUGGACUAAAAUAUUAACAUUCGUGUAUUCCAAAAAAAGAUGGCAAUUCAUUUUUCCUGUUUUACCACAUGAACCUGAUAUCAAGAGUUUUACACUGAUAAUUCCAUUCAUGACUUAAAAUUACAUGCAUUGAUGAUUUCUAUGUUGGGUCUUCAUGUUUGUAGCAAUCUAUUCCUGGUAUAGGAAUUUCAUAUUCAAUCAAAAUGUUUGGCCCAUGUUUUUAACUUUACAGCAUUCGGAGUAAUUGAAGAGUUGACCAAUUCAAUGUUUUUAACUUUACAGCAUUCGGAGUAAUUGAAGAGUUGACCAAUUCAAUGUUUGUAACUGGACAUCUUUCUGUAGCAUUUCGUACAAAUUAGUACAAAAUAGGUGAAAAUGUAUGCUGCUGCAAAGGGGAUGUUUUGUGUGAUUUUAAGGAGAUUGUGUUGCUUUUACUUGGCUUGAUUGACAGCAUGAAAUUGCUUUAAACUUCAAAUGCGUCCAACUGGUCUGAAAUAAAUAUUUUUAAAAGUU